AUGGCAAGCACCAAAGGAGUCCCCAGGAUGGGGAAGAUGCUUAUUGAGCUGAUGACCCUACUGGGGGCUGUUGGUUUGAGCAACAGCGCCAUCCAGAGGCCUGACUAUGACGACACUGCGGCCCCCGAGUUCCUCAACCCCUCCUGGAUGGCGGACCUCCCGGACAGCCGCCCGCUGUCCGAGGUCACCAUGCCUGGCACUCACAACACCAUGGCCAUCUACGGCGGCGCCUUGGCCGAGUGCCAGUCCUGGAGCCUGGCGUCACAGUUGCGUGCCGGUGUGCGCUUCCUGGACAUUCGUGUGCGCCAUGUGCGUGGCAACCUCACCAUCCACCACGGCGUCUCCUACCAGCGGGCGCACUUCGGUGACGUGCUGGAGGGCGUGGCUGACUUCCUACGUGAGUACCCCAGCGAGAUGGUGCUGAUGCGGCUCAAGGAGGAGUUCAGUGAGACCUUUGACAUCUACGGGGCGGUGGUCGGCUACAUUCACCUUUACGCCGAUUGGGACCUGCUGUGGCACAGUCGGCUCAUGCCAACUGUGGGACAGGCCAGAGGGAAGCUCAUUGUCCUCCAGGACUUUGGCGGACCUGACCUCGGCAUGCGCUACGGCUCCCUGGACAUUGCAGACGACUGGAAGGUCCCCACCCUCCUGCAUGUGGCUGAGAAAUGGCAAAGUGUGCACGAACACCUGGAGGCUGCCCCUGUUGGCAACAAGGCCUAUAUCUUCCUCACCUAUGGCAGCGGAGCGGGCAUCUUUGCCUACCCCAACGCCAUCGCCCAGCGAAUCAAUGCCCGCCUAUACGACUACCUGAUGGCACUGAUAGGACAGAACAGGCGCUUUGGAAUCAUCACCAUGGAUUUCCCCGCCUCUCCCCUCCUUCAAAUGAUCAUUAACUUCAACUGA